GUUCAAUUAACGCUCUCAUUCUGUCGUUUGAUACCUUGUCGCGAAAAGCACGCUCCGUUCUCAACUCCUCAAAAAGGAACCGUUUAUUCUUUUUUCGCAGCCAUUUUCAUUUCUUACUUUUGUUUUUGCGAUUUUUGCCAACGAACGUCAUCGUUUUAAUUUUUAAACGUGUCGCUUGUCGAGUAAUUGAACAAUUUACCGCUAACACAAAGACAGUUUAGUUUCAAUUCGUUGGUUUUUUUUUUAAUCUGCUAUAUAUUUCACGUUUUUGUCACAACUUAUUCUCCACAACACAUAAUUAAUAUUUUUCGGCCAUCGCCCGUUGCCGUCAGUAGAUUAUUGAAACACCCUGUCAUCGUCUCGGCACGCCCUGCCCGUAACUCGUUUUACUGUACUUAAUAAUUUGACAAUAUGGCUGGUAAGAAGAAACAAGUAACUAAAGUAGUAAAGACAGUUAAAAACAUAAAUGAGAAAGAGAAGCCAGACAUACUUGAUAAGUCACCAGAAAUAGACGAGGCUCAAGUAAAUGGAUGUACAGAUUAUGACAAAAAAGAAAAUAAUAUUGGUGAUAAACCUAAAGAACAAGAAUCGAAAAGCAAAUUGCAACCUACCACUUCAACUAAAUCUGGGCCCAAAAGAAAAGCAUCUAUUGAACAGGUUAUAGUACCUAAAAAAAAGAAAACUGAAAAAGCAUCAGGAAUAAUUGCUAUCGACAACAGAACUGAAACACCUGGUGUUGUUAUGACUAAAGGCCGAGACAUAGUUAUAGGUGGAAUAUUUGGCUUAGGCCCAGAUCGCGAGCAGCUUACAAAUCUUACUGAAUUAAAGAAUUUAAAAUUUAAACUUAUAUCAGCAGGAAGCAUGCACGUGUUAGGUGUUACGGAUGAUGGAAAACUCAUGACAUGGGGAUGCAAUGAUGAAGGAGCAUUAGGUCGAGAUACUUCCGUUGAAGACAGUGAAACAAGACCUGGUAUUGUGCAAAUACCCGAAGAAGAUUCAGAAAUUUAUUCUAUAUCAGCCGGAGGUUCCCAUUCUGCUAUACUAUUUAGUAAUGGAAAUGUUUACGCAUGGGGUACAUUUAGAGAUAAAAAUGGUGAUAUGGGAUUCCACCCAAAUGGACAACGCCAAUUGACACCAAUAAUGAUUAUGAGGAAUGUAAAGAAAAUCGCCUCUGGCAUUAAUCAUUUAGUUAUGUUAUCCAAAAAUAAGGUUUACACUAUGGGUUGUGGAGACGAAGGACAACUUGGUAGAAUAUGUCAGCGACAUUCUAACAGAGAGUCUAGAGUUGGAAAACAGUUACUAUUAAUACCUCAACUACUAAGUCUACGUAAAAAAGUUGAGGACAUUUGGGCCAACUACGAUACAACAUUUUUGCGUUUGUCAGAUUCUACUGUUUACUCUUUUGGGCUCAAUGCUUAUGGUCAGCUUGGCAUUGAAAAUGAAGAUAGAUGUGUAUAUUUCCCAAAAUUAUCACAGUCAUUAAGUAACCUGAAAAUUAAGUCUAUAUCAGCUGGAACACAACAUGUUACUUUAUUAGAUGAGCAAGGAGCUGUUUACGUACUGGGCGAUUAUACAUAUGGUCGCUUAGGAAUGGAUAUCGCUGAAAACCAAAGAGUACCAAAAGUAUUGCCAUCAUUGCCACAAGUAAAACUUGCUACAUGUGGCUCAGACAAUAGCUUUGUUAUCACAGAAAAUAAUAAAUUAAUGGCAUGGGGUAUUGGUUUUGAAGAAAAAGAUGAUUCAGAUGUUAUUUACUAUUCACCAACUGACAUUGAUACUGCUAAUAAGUUGGACAAGAAGACUGUUGUUCAAGCAACUUCGUCAGAUACUGCUGUAUUUCUUUUACUACAAGAUUAAAAUUUGUUAGAAGACAUAAUUUUUGGACAAUCAUCGCUUUCUUGAUAACUAAUUUAUUUCGGCGAUCAUGUAUUUUUUUUUUCUUAAUUACCCAUUUUUUCUUAAAACCAGUUUUUAUAUAUUUUGUACACGUUUUGAAAAGAUAACUUGAACAAAAUAUUAUUUGUUCCAUUGUAAUAAGUUUUUUUUUUUGACAGCAAAAACAUUUAUUUUUUAUUUUACGCUACCUUUUUUUUUAUUAUAAAACUCAAACAUAUGUAUUAUAUACAUGGAUAAUAUUACAUUAAUUUAUCGUAAAUUAAAUUUGUAGUUGUACAUUUCAACACUUUAAGUGGUUUAAUUAUUAAUUCAUUAA